AUGGAGUUGCCAACGCACCAGCCGCCCGUCGACGACGACACCGAUGAAGAGCUUUCUGAUGAGCAAAUUCGGGACCUGCUCAAUGAGGCGGCCGUCCGCAUGCGCGCAGAGGCAGCUCAACCUGCCGUCAAAACGGACGCUCCGUUUAGGUUGCCGAAGCUGCAGCCUGGUCAAAUCGCCAAUACUUACGAAAAGACUGACGGCAAUAUCACGCGUCUAGAUCAUUCCAAGCUUGUCGACAAGACGCAACAGGCUCUGGCUAAUGGCAUCAAGAAGAUUGAGGAUCCGCUCCAAAUCAAGAAGCAGGAGCAAGAGGAGAAGAAAGCAAACGCUGGCGCACAAUGGUUCAACAUGCCCAAGACCGAUCUCACCCCAGAAUUGCGCCGAGACCUGCAGCUCUUGAAGAUGAGGAGUGUCCUUGACCCGAAGCGUCACUACAAAAAGGAUAACUCGAAGAACGACGUUCCCGCAUUUUCUCAAGUUGGCACCGUUAUCGAAGGCCCAACAGAGUUCUUCAGCAGUCGUCUAAAGAACAAGGAGCGCAAACAGACUAUGCUAGAGGAGGUUAUCGCCCAGGAGCAAGACAGUGGCCGCUUCAACCGCAAGUACCAGGAUAUUCAGACGACCAAGUCAAGCGGAAAGAAGGCCUAUUACAAUGCGCUCAAAGCCAAGCGAAGCAAAGGCAAGGUGGUAAAACCUUGA